GAAACACAAAAAAGAUAAAUAAAAAAUAAAUUGGCAUUGACAAAACAAAAGAACACCUACAUCGUCUUUAGGUGAGCUUUCCACAACCAAAUAGGUUUAGACGUAUGAGGCUUUUUUGUACCCUUGGUGACAAACAGUUAUUUUGAAGGAAAAAAAAGCGUAAACAGAGAAACUGCGGUGGUAUUUAAAAUUUAAAUACUGCUGGUUUAUUAGCUCGAAGCUCGAAAACGUUAGCUGCUAAAUCUCAACGAGGAGCAGGCAAGGAGAAGUACACGCUGCCUAAUGCGUCACACAAAAUAAAAAAAAUAGUUUGACAUGGCAGGAAUGGCUUCUCCAGAGAAAGCGUCCAGCUCCAAGAAGAAAGGAGAGAGAAAAUGCGCCUCCAAAGAAGAGUACAGGCAGCUGUCCAGCAUCAUGGGAGUAAUGAACAACCUACGGAAACAGGGGACACUGUGUGAUGUGACCCUCGUGGUUCAGGGGAAGCACUUUCCUGCCCACAGAGUAGUGCUCGCCGCCGCCAGUCACGUUUUCAGCCUCAUGUUCACCACUAGGAUGAUGGAGUCGAUGUCACAUGAGGUGGAGCUAAGGAGUGCUGAGCCAGAGAUUAUUGAGCUGCUUAUUGACUUUAUAUACACAGCCAGGAUCUCCGUGAACAGCAGCAAUGUCCAGUCAUUGUUGGAUGCAGCUAACCAGUACCAGAUUGAGCCAGUCAAGAAGAUGUGUGUGGAGUUUCUUAAAGGCCAGAUAGAUCCCACAAACUGCUUGGGCAUCUCGGCUCUCGCAGACUGCAUGGACUGCCCUGAGCUGAAGUCGGCAGCAGAGGACUUUUUCCAGCUUCAUUUUACUGAAGUUUACAAACUGGAUGAAUUCUUGCAGCUUGAUGUUUCACAGCUCACUCACCUGCUGCACCAGGACAAACUCACUGUCCGCUCUGAAGCCCAGAUUUAUGAUGCAGCAGUGCGUUGGCUGAAGUAUGACGUGUGCAACAGACAACAGUACAUGGUGGAGGUUUUGGGAUGUGUCCGCUUUCCUCUGGUGUCCAAAACGUUCCUAUCAAAGACUGUUCAGGCCGAACCGCUCAUCCAGGACAACCCGCAGUGCCUCAAGAUGGUCAUUAGUGGGAUGCGUUAUCAUUUGCUCUCUCUGGAGGACCGAGAAGACCUUGGGGAGAACAGCCGGCCUCGACGCAAAAAGCACGACUAUCGCAUUGCUCUGUUCGGCGGUUCACAGCCUCAGUCCUGCCGCUACUUUAACCCAAAGGAUUCCAGCUGGACAGACAUCCGCUGCCCCUUUGAGAAGCGCAGAGAUGCCACAGCCGUCUUCUGGGACAAUGUGGUUUACAUCCUUGGGGGUUCCCAGCUGUUCCCCAUCAAGCGCAUGGACUGCUACAAUGUCCUAAAGGACAGCUGGUACUCGAAGCUUGGCCCGCCCACACCUCGCGACAGUCUGGCAGCGUGUGCCUCCCAAGGAAAAAUAUACACAUCUGGAGGAUCCGAAGUGGGUAGUUCAGCCUCAAACCUCUUUGAAUGUUACGAUACCAGGACAGAGUCAUGGCAGGUCAAAACCAGCAUGCUGAUGGCCCGCUGCAGUCACGGCUCAGUGGAGGCCAACGGACUUGUUUAUGUUUGCGGAGGAACGGUGGGAAACAACGUCUCUGGAAGAAUUCUAAACAACUGUGAGGUGUAUGACCCCAACACACAAAAAUGGAGGGAGCUGUGUGGGAUGAAAGAAGCCAGAAAGAACCAUGGAUUAGUGGUUGUCAACAAUAGGAUCUAUGCUGUUGGAGGCCAGGGGCCAUUAGGUGGACUGGAUUCAGUGGAAUAUUACGACAUCGCCACCAAUGAGUGGCGCUCUGCAGCUCCGAUGCCAUGGAGAGGCGUGACAGUCAAGUGUGCUGCUGUGGGUGAAGUCAUCUAUGUCCUGGCGGGGUUCCAGGGAGUGGGGCGGCUUGGUCACGCCUUGGAGUACCACACAGAAACUGAUAGAUGGGUGACAUACAGCAAAGUGCGAGCAUUUCCAGUCACCAACUGCCUGAUCUGCGUCGUUGACACAUGUGGGGUCAACGAAGAUGAAGACGUUGAUCUGAUAGAUUCACAGCCAACUACAUCCGCCGCAUCCUCCACCUCAUCUGCCUCGACUGCCUCAACCUCACAGAAAUAAAGGAAGAUUUUUAGUGGCCUGGCUUUAUAUUUUAGUAUCGUCUUCAUGUCAUUUUUGUUUUAUUGUAAAAAAGUUUACCUGUACAGUAGUAUUUUUAUUUCUUAAGUUACAUUUUCCAGAUUUGUUUAGAUCUUGUGGUUGAAGUAACAGUGGGAAAACAUUUUAAUUGAUUUAUUGAAAAAGUGAAUAAACACUAAUAAAAUAAUGUAAAUUCA